AUGAAGGAGAAGUUACGUGAUUGGUGCAAGUCAUGUCUGGAAUCCAUUUGUGGUCCCUGUGCAAAGGCUCAAAAGACAGAGACAGAUAAUACCAUACGAUACAUUGACGAUACAUCGGAUCAAAUUAAAGAAAAGUCUACGGGGUUUAGAAAUAAAAUUGUGAACCAUGUUGAUGCUCUGCUAGAGGACCAUCUAUCUGAUCUGGCUAGAAAUGUCAAGAAACAAAAGGACGGGUUAACGAGUUUUAAAGAUGCUGUCUCAGACAGGCAGCUGUUGAAGGCUCAAUAUUUACAACCUUUGAGAGGUGCUGAGAAAACACCUCCAUAAGUUCUAGUCAAUUAAUAUUUCAAGAUCAAAAUGCAAUGCCGACACGUAACAAUGUCAGGUCUUUCCAAAUGCACAGUAAAAUUAAACGCAGAUGUUUCCAAUGACUUGACAGGCAUCCUAGAGGUUACAAAGUUUGCAGAUUUAAAGGCAGAGACAACGUCUAUACCACUGAAUGAGAUUGACUUGACGUGUGCCAGCAUGAAGUUAGUUUGUGAGCUGGAUGAUUCAAAUGGUGAUGUUACCGGUUGUUGCUUUCUACAAAAUGGAGAUAUCAUUUUGGCUGAUUACAAGUACAGUCUAUUACUACAUUACAACAGUAAAAAACUUGUACGUAAAGCAGAUCUUUAUUCUCAAUCACAGGAUGUAGUUUGUCAAAAUUCUUCUCUACUGUUAGUUUUAAAAAACAUUGACAGAAAUUCCUUUGUUUUCAAAACAAAGCAGUCUAAACUCUGUAACUCACAUGUAACUCGUUAUUUGAAUUUCAAAUUUUGUCAAAGUAUUGAAAACAUCUAUUUUAACAAUUCUAAACAUAAAAAUUGAAAAAAAUUAAUUUUGAAAAUUUUUGAGUUAAAAUCGUGUCCAAGUCCCUUUAAUCAAGUACUUCAUCAUAUUGUACAUUGUGUAUCACCUGAGUUUAUCAGAAAACGUUUUGAUUUUUUUUUAAAAAAAAAUACAAAAUAAACAUUCCAACGGAUCUUUUUUUUAGGAAUAGAUGAAGAGAAAGCUGUGUCGUUUGCAGAGCAUGUCUUUUUCGAUGACAUGUUGGAGGAUUUCCCUAAGAGUGGCCCCAUCAGGAACUACAUGGAGCAGGUGACGGUGGGUCUAUCCCAGAAUCCACAUUUAACCGAAGAGAAGCGGGAACAUGUCCCCUGGUAUAAGAACUAUUUCCAAGGGAAAGCCGAAACUCUUAAAGACUUCCUUGGCGAGACUGGUGAACUAAAAGAUUUUCUGUCAAAGGAAAAUUCAAAGCAGAAAAUAGAGUCACUGAGUGAUUAGAUAUUGUUUUAGUUAAUAUGUUGUGUAAGAUAUGAUUUUCAAUAGAUGUUUGUUAGUGUGUGUUUGUAUUUUGAAAGAGCAAUUCAGUUUUGAAGGAGAAUAUUAAUCAUUGGCAUUUCUUUUUUGUGAUAUCAUGUUUUACAUUG